CCCUAAUAUAUCACAAUCUCACAACGGUUUUGGAGACCACCAUUUUCUUUCUAUUUGAAAAAAAAGGAUUAACCUUUUUAUCAACAAUGGUGAGUUGGAUUGGCAUGUAUUUUGUGGUUAUUGGAGCAUGGGACCAAGCAGCUAUCGUUGUUGUUAUCCUUUUUGAUGUGGUUGAUUUCUAGCCACUCUUAUGAGAAAUAAAUUUUCCUGUCGUCUAGUGCUCCUCUAGUCUUAUUGUUUAACUCUGUUCAGUAUUCCACAUAAUUUUCUACUGCUUCAGUUACAUUCGGAAGAAAAAAAAAAAAAAAAACGGAAAAUGGUUGUAACUGGUGGCGCUGAAGUUUGUGAUGAUUCCAAUUAUGACAGAAAAAGAGAACUGAAAGCUUUUGAUGACUCAAAAGCUGGUGUCAAAGGUCUUGUUGAUGCUGGGGUUACUAAGGUUCCUCGGAUGUUCAUCCCACCACCUAAUUUGAGAGAUGCUUCAGAUACCAAGAAAAUCCAAUGCAGUGUUCCUGUUAUUGAUCUAGAAGGCAUUGGUAGUGAUCCAGUGCAGCGUAAGGAAAUCAUUGACAAAGUACGGCAUGCCUCGGAGACAUGGGGUUUCUUCCAGGUUGUCAAUCAUGGGAUACCUUUAAGUAUUCUGGAGGAGAUGAAAGAUGGGGUUCGAAGAUUUUUUGAGCUAGAUGUUGAGGUAAAGAAAGAAUUCUAUGCACGUGAUCGCCAACCAAGAUAUAGGUAUACAAGCAACUUCGAUUUGUACACUGCUCCAUUUGCAAAUUGGAGAGAUACCUGUUUUUGCGUCAUGGCUCCCGAUCCUCCCAAGCCAGAAGAAUUGCCUAUCGUGUUGAGAGAUAUUCAAUUGGAAUAUACGAAGCAUGUAAUCAGAUUAGGGAGUCCAUUGUUUAAAUUAUUGUCUGAAGCUCUUGGACUAAAACCAAGUCACCUCGAGGAGAUGGGAUGUGCUGAGGGACUUUCAGUCUUAUGCCAUUACUAUCCACUAUGCCCGGAGCCAGAACUAACCUUAGGCACAAGCAAGCAUUCGGACAAUGACUUCCUAACAGUGCUUCUACAGGACCAAAUAGGAGGUUUGCAAGUGCUUUAUCAGAAUCACUGGGUUGAUGUUCCUUCUGUGUCUGGUGCCUUAGUGGUCAAUAUUGGAGAUCUUCUACAGCUUAUAACAAAUGACAAGUUCAAAAGCGUAGAGCACAGAGUGUUGGCAAACCGUGAAGGCCCAAGAAUAUCAGUGGCAUGCUUUUUCACCACAGGAUUACUACCAUCUUCCAGGCUGUUUGGACCCAUUAAAGAGCUACUAUCAGAACACAAUCCUCCAAUCUAUAGAGAAACAACAGUUAAAGACUUUGUUUCCUACAUUUAUGAACGUGGGCUUGAUGGAACUUCUCCCCUACAUCUCUUUAGGCUGUGAUAUUGUCUAUGUUUUCAAUUAUUGGAAAGAAAAAAUGAUAACUUGGACUAGUUGAUUGGUUUAUUAAGAUUCCCAUUAGCAUAUUCAGCACAAAUUGAGCUCAUGCAAAUAUUGUCAAUUCGUGAGCUAUUAUCAACUUUCAUCAAAGUGAUAGAAAACUAUUCAUUUUCUUUUCAUUUGCUGAAUUAUUGUAUUAACAUAUAAAAAAAUUUUCACUGUUUUUUUUUUUUG